AUGGAAUCGCAAGAAGAUGGCGGACCCGAGCCCAUUGUUUGGAAACGAAUAUCGUCUGCAGUUGAAUCCGAUUCAGGACGUUUGGAAGCUAGCGAGUCGCUUCCAAACGAAACGGAAACCUCCACUGAUGGUGAAUCCGAUCCCAAACGUUUGAAAACUGACGAAUCCUCGAUUCCAAAAGAAAGCACAACGAAUGGAGAGGCCGUGCCAGUUUCCGAAGCAGCGAAGCGCCAAAACAUGAUCGAAACCGAACUGAAUGGCAUGAUCAAAGAAAUGAUGGACUCGGAAGAUUUCCAAGAGGAAGACGAAAUGGAACCCGAAUCGUAUGAGGCAAUCAUGAAAGCAGCCAAGGAAAUCUGCUACACGCGUAAGAUCUACGAUGUUUCUGCCGACAAAAUCGUCUUCUUUCCAAGCAUAACCAAAACGAUUGUCAACAUGGAUCUGUUUGAGAAAGCGGAGGAGUACUAUUAUGAUGAAGGUGACGAAUUUCCAAUGGAGUACUCGAUGGGUCUUAGGAACAUCGCUUUUGAAAAGCUCGAAGCGGAAGGGGAGGAUGAUGACGACGAGGAAAUGGACGAUGACAUGAUGGAGCGGCUAUCAAUGGCUGUGCAGCUGACGGAAGAUGAUAAGGACGAACUCCAGGAAGCGAUUGCCGCUGCUGAGGCAGCAGAUGAAGAAGGAGCAGAUGAAGACAACGAAAAGAGGGAAGAUUCUGUAAUGGAUCCGGUCACUGAAGCAGCAGGUGAAGAAGAGGAAGAUCAAGGAACCGAUGAGAAUGAAGAUUCUGCAAUGGAUACGGUCAACGAAGUAACAGAUCAAGAGGAGGCAGAACAAGACAUCAAAGAGGACGAAGAUUCUGUUAUAGACCCGAUCAGCGAAGCAACAGAUCACGAAGAGGUAGAACAAGGCAUCGACAAUACAAAUGUUUCUGCAAUAGACCCGAUUGACCCUCUAGUGGAUACCUCCUCUGCGAUUCCCGAGGAAAGCACAACGUCUGCUGCUGUCUCAAACGGAGAAGCCGUACCAGUUUCCGAAGCAGCGAAGCGCCAAAAUAUGAUCGACACAGAACUGAACGGCAUGAUUAAAGAAAUGAUGGACUCGGAAGAUUUCCAAGAGGAAGACGAAAUGGAACCCGAAUCGUAUGAGGCAAUCAUGAAAGCAGCCAAGGAAAUCUGCUACACGCGAAAGAUCUACGAUGUUUCUGCCGACAAAAUCGUCUUCUUUCCAAGCAUAACCAAAACGAUUGUCAACAUGGAUCUGUUCGAGAAAGCGGAGGAGUACUAUUAUGAUGAAGGUGACGAAUUUCCAAUGGAGUACUCGAUGGGUCUUAGGAACGUCGCUUUUGAAAAGCUCGAAGCGGAAGGGGAGGAUGAUGACGAUGAGGAAAUGGACGAUGACAUGAUGGAGCGUCUGUCAAUGGCUGUGCAACUGACGGAAGAUGAUAAGGACGAACUCCAGGAAGCGAUUGCUGCUGCCGAGGCAGCAGAUAAAGACGAGGCAGACCAAGAUGGUGCAAUGGAUCCGGUCACUGAAGCAGCAGAUGAAGAAGAGGCAG